UUCUGAUUGUAUAACUCCAAGUACUAGUGUGAGCAAAGUACUUAGGCUUCAUGCGGUCAUAACAGCGCGCCCGAGUCUUCUGUUUCCAUGUCCUCUCAGUGCCUGUCUAGUAAUCUAGGGAUGGUGAUAUAUCUUCGCCGGAUAUCAAUCACCGUGAUGGCCCUUUCUCGACUAGAUAUCUUACUAGGCUGUGCAAACUGAUGCCUGUCACCACCGCGACCAAGUUCCAACACGAUGCAAAUCAAAGACUCCACGCUCACUUUAUGAUACGAAAGCCCGAUAACAGAGGCAGAGAGCGCACGACGCGACGGAUUGCUCGAGGACUAAGAGCAGGCAUAGUAGACAUUGAUCUAUCUAUGUGCUCGUCCAUGGGUAGAACGCGAGUUAUCUGUUUGGUUUGUGUGAAUCUCCCCUAUUUUUCACAGUUGACUUCUAGUCUGGGGUUGGCAUGCCGACAUAAUGUGCCUUCCAUCUUUUACGACACUUUGAAAUUGCGUAUGACUAUAGUCUCAAAUGAUCCCAUUUGGUGGCCGUCCAUCAAUUCAGACCGUGUUUCCAGCUAUUUUGGAGUUGCCGCCUUUAUUGGAGUGACGUAUGAAUGGGGUGAGCAUGAUCAUAUAAAAGAACUGCUGAUAGCCUAUAAGUAUCUCCAGCACUUACAUUCGGACAAGAGGUAUGUUGAUGCUAUGACCGGAACAGCCAUGUCGCUAAGCAUAUUGGGUUUUAUAGGGUAGAAUUGGUCUGGGUGAGCAGAGUUCUCAUGUCAUAAGAACAAACAUGAAAAUACACUUAAUUCCAGAGGCAACGCUGGUCCCUAAUGACAGUUCUGUACCUCGGUGUACGCUACCUUGGAAUCAUAUUCGCUGCGUAU